ACUCCUAUAAAUACAGAUCGGGAAAAUAAUAACAAAAACAAAUUGUCCUGGCCAAAAGUUGAGAAAGGGGUUGUGAACAUGUCACCACCAGCAGCUCGGGCGCGUUAUAAUGCCAACAAAUCGGACAAUCAAAUCACUAAAAAGCCUCCCAAACUAAACGGUCUCGCCGGUACCGGCAAAAAGAAAAGCAAGGAUAGCAAAAAACGGAAACAAACUCCUAUUCUUAGUAAUGCAGCGUCUGCGGGGGAUAAGGCAAACGCAAUGCCGAGUGUUCACACGGCCUUUAAGACUUUUGUGAGCGCGCGUCUUUGUAGUGCUAUCUGGGCAUACAUAUCUGACUGCGACGAGACUUUUAACUACUGGGAGCCCUUGCACUACAUUAUCAAUGGCCAUGGGCUACAAACGUGGGAAUACAGUCCCCAGUUCGGCCUACGCUCCUACACCUAUCUUCUGUUACAGGGCGUGCCGGGCUGGAUCUAUCAGAAGUUGUUUAAUCCCAGUCCAAUACUUAUUUUCUAUAUGGUUCGUUGUAUGUUGGGAUUCGGCUGCGCCGUCAUGGAGCGUUUCAUGUACAAAUCGAUUUGCCAAGAGUUCGGUAUUCACAUUGGUCGUCUGUGGCUAAUAUUUCAACUGUUCAGCGUCGGAAUGUUCGUUUCCAGUACUGCUCUCUUACCUUCGUCCUUCUCCAUGUACUUCGGAUGUGCUGCGUUGGCUGCCUGGUGGCGGCAACGUUACAGUCUAGCUAUUUUUCUCACUGCUAUUUCAGCACUUCUCGGCUGGCCGUUUGCGGCACUGAUCGGUGUGCCCCUUGCUCUGGAAAUGUUGCUGCGUCAACGGGACUGGCGUACCUUUGCGCAGUGGACGCUUAUAUCGGCGGUCACCAUUGCGCUGCCCAUGAUAGCCAUCGAUACGAGUUAUUUUGGAAAGUUGACAUUUGCGCCACUGAACAUUGUUUGGUACAAUGUGUUUACCAGUCAUGGCCCUAAUAUAUUUGGAACUGAACCUGUGAGCUAUUAUAUUAUCAAUGGAUUUUUAAACUUCAACAUUAUAUGGUUACUGGCUCUACAGCUGCCACUUAUGCUGAUUAUGGACUCCUUGAUAGUCCCUGCUAAGUCGAAAUCAACUUUAAACUUUCCACACUACAUAUCGCUAGCCCCUUUGUAUAUUUGGUUGAUUGUCUUCUUCGUACAGCCGCACAAGGAGGAACGUUUCCUAUUCCCAGUAUACCCUCUCAUAUCGUUGUGCGGAGCUAUAACCGUCGAUGUUUAUCAGCGAAUCUUUUUCCGCUUUAAAUCGCUGGUAUUCAAGGUCAAGGCUGGCGCCCAUUACCUUGACCACAGUAUGUUCAUCGCCAUUGUGGUUAUGGUGGCCAGUACGCUAAUGGGGCUCUCACGCGUCUUUGCACUCUAUCGUAACUAUCAUGCGCCAAUGGAUCUGAUGAUGGAACUAAACCAGUUUAAAACUACGCCACAGUAUCGGGCAGACGAGAUAUAUAAUGUGUGUAUUGGUAAGGAUUGGUAUCGCUAUCCAGGCAGCUUUUUCCUGCCUGCGCCAAACUUCCGUCUUCGCUUCCUGAAGUCCGAAUUCCGUGGCAUGUUGCCCGCAUAUUAUUCUGAUGGACCCAACGCCACACAGAUAGUCCACCCCUACUUUAACGAUAUGAAUCAAGAAGACGAACGCAUGUAUUUUAACUAUGAACAGUGUCAUUUUCUAGUCGAUUUCGAUGAUGGUAAAUACACGUCCUUAGAACCGAACUAUUCAAAGCGUACUAAGGAUUGGACAAUAUUGAAGAGUUUACCCUUUUUAAUACAGGAAAAGUCACACAAGUUCCUGCGUUCUUUCUACAUACCCUUCCUAACCGAUCAUCAUACUAAAUACGGAAAUUUCAAUUUACUAAAAAGGAAAAAAAUACGUAACGGCAGUUAAAAGAUAACUAAAAAAUUUCAGCACAUUUCCGUAGUGCCGUCAAAAUCUGUUUAAUAUUUUUUAUUUAAUUCCCCCUUUGUGUUGUGUUCCCAUAUCAUGCUGUAAAAUUAAAUAGUUAAGCUAAGCUGAUUCACGCAGUGUCAUGUCGUUACAUAAUGUUUACCAUUAUCCGAUAUAAAUUUGAUUUCACACCAAAGUUGUCAGGAUCUGUUUACAGAUCAUUCUAGUGUUUAAGCAUUUAUAUAUUCUAAAAGAUUAUUAUUUAAAAAAGGAGUGCAUACAAAUACCAA